AUGGGGGUGUCUUCUCCCGACGAGAGCGCUGUGGCUGUCAAGCCCCCCGACGGAGGGUGGGGGUGGGUGAUCCUCGUCGGCUGCUUUGUCAUCACCGGCUUCUCCUACGCCUUCCCCAAGGCCGUCAGCGUCUACUUCAAGGAGCUGAUGAAAGAGUUUCACGUGGGUUACAGUGACACGGCCUGGAUUUCCUCCAUUAUCCUGGCUAUGCUGUACGGCUCAGGUCCUCUGUGCAGUAUAAUGGUGAAUCGGUUUGGUUGCCGUCCAGUCAUGCUGUUCGGGGGGCUGUUGGCUUCAACCGGAAUGAUUCUCGCCUCUUUCUGCACCAGCAUCACCCAGAUCUACCUCUCGGCAGGGAUGGUCACAGGCCUGGGUCUGGCUUUGAACUUCCAGCCGUCCCUCAUCAUGCUGGGCAGGUACUUUGAGAAACGGAGGCCCUUGGCUAAUGGCUUGGCCGCAGCUGGGAGCCCAGUCUUCCUGAGCACCCUGUCCCUCCUGGGGCAGGUCCUGUUGGACAAGUACGGCUGGCGGGGGGGCUUUCUCAUCACGGGGGGGCUCCUGCUCAACUGCUGCACUUGCGGGGCUGUCAUGAGGCCCCUGGAGAACAGCAAGGAGGUCAGCCGGGACAAGCAGGAGGUCAAGGAGAUGUUGCCGGGACCCAAGGGGGAGUUUGGCGGCUUGGAGUUGGAGGAGAACUUGUCAAGGAACACCGGCAGGGGAGGGGGAGGGACGGGAAUGGGUGUUGGAGGGGCCAAGAAUCCGACGAAGCCGGGAAAGAAGAAGAAAAAAAAGCUCCUGGAUUUCAGCGUUUUCCGUGACCGUAAUUUUAUCAUCUACACCGUGUCCAAGUUCAUCCUGGUCCUGGGCCUCUUCGUGCCCCCCAUCAUGAUCGUCAACUACGCCAAGGACAUAGGGGUCCCGGACACAGAGGCUGCCUUCCUCCUCUCCAUCAUCGGCUUCAUCGAUAUCUUCGCCCGGCCCUCUAGUGGGAUGGUGGCGGGUCUGGAGUGGAUGCGCCCGAGGGUGUCCUAUUUAUUCAGCAUCUCCAUGCUCUUCAACGGGCUGACGGACGUGCUGAGCGCCAAGGCCUCCAGCUACACCGGGCUGGUGAUCUUCUGCGUGUUCUUCGGGAUCUCUUACGGGAUGGUGGGGGCCCUGCAGUUCGAGGUGCUCAUGGCCAUCGUAGGCUCCAACAAGUUCCCCAGUGCCAUCGGCUUGGUGCUGCUCGUGGAGUCGGUGGCCGUGCUCAUCGGACCCCCCUCUGCUGGACGUCUGGUGGACACUUUCAAAAACUACGAGCUGAUCUUCUACAUGGCCGGCUCGGAGCUCAUCCUCUCGUCCGUCUUCCUUGCCCUGGCCUCCUACUUCUGCCUCGGGCGGCCCAAGAGUCCGUCGGAGAAGCGGAAGCACGACCCGGAGCUGGAAGCGGGGGAGACGGGCGAGGCUGGUUAA